GGCGCUCAGAGUGCUAUGGAUCCAUGGUGCUUCCCUAACUGCAAUUAUUCGUGGCACCGGCAGGACGUGGAGAGUUCCAGGAUGCCUGUGGAGUUGUACUAUUUCCCAGCGUCACCGCCCUGCAGGUCGGUCAUGCUCACAGCCAAGGCCGUAGACCUAAAACUCACCCUGAAGGAGGUAAAUAUGCAGGCUGGGGAACACUUGAAGCCAGAGUUCGUGGCCAUCAACCCCCAGCACAGCAUCCCUACCCUGGUGGACGGCAACAUCAAGCUCUGGGAGAGCCGCGCUAUCUGCUCUUACCUGGCAACUCAGUAUGGAAAGGACGACUCUCUCUACCCCAACAACCCGAAGGCCAGGUGCCUGGUCGAUGCCAGGCUCUACUUCGACAUGGGCACACUAUACCAGCGCUGGGCAGACUACGCUUACCCAGUUUUCCAUGGGGAGAAACCAGAGGAGUCCAAGCUGAGCAAGGUGAAGGAGGCACUGGGGUGGCUGAAUCUCUUCCUGACUGACUUCACCUACGCUGCCGGGAACAAGAUUACUAUAGCUGACAUGUGUCUGGUGGCGACGGUGUCGACGAUAGAGGCGGCAGGCGUGGAGCUGGACGAGUACACGCGCAUCCAACGUUGGCUCAAGAAAUGCAAGACACAGAUGCCAGGCUACAAGGAAGCCAAUGGUGAUGGGGCACAGGCCAUCGGGGAGCUCUUAAAGCCCAAGUUACAGAAUAAGACAGAGUGACUGUGGUGUUCCUUGGUCGUUCACGCCCACAGUGUGUAUGGGCACUUGCCCAAAACCACAGUGUGCAUGGGCGUUCGCCCACGCCCAGUGUGUAUGGGCGCGUACCCACACCCACAGUGUGUGUGUGUGUGGACGCUCGCUCAGAUCAUGCUCCCAUUACUUUAUAAAGGGCUCAAUAAAAAAGUAUUAACAUUU